CCCCGGAAGUAGAAGCCGCCGCGGUCACGGCGAGCGGAAGCCGGAAAUGCAGCGAGACGGGGGGGCCAGAGGAGGAGGCGGAGACUCCCCCCCGGGAUCAGGAUAAAGGCUACAAAAUGACAGCAGUAACUUAGCCCAUGCUGGUCCAGGAUGGCACUGGGGGCAAGGCAGUGGAGAAGCAAAUGUCUGGAGGAGGAGGGAUGUGUGAAACCAAACCAGAUAGUUCCUGCUGCCGGAGUGGCGAGUUCUCAGAGGGCAGGGGUGCACCAGGUGCCAGCCCUGGUGUGGAUAACAGACCCUUGUUCUCAAGUUUUGGAGAUCCGGGAAGCACUGGGCCUAACGGCAGCCAGUUCUUCCAAGAAUGCUGCAGUCCUGAAGGCCCAGAGCGUACAUCUCCGAGCCAGAGCUGGUCGAAACAGCUCCACGGAGCCACCAAAGGCUUGGAACCGAUGGAGGCUCAUGGGCCAGCUGCUGCUGGGACUCCUAACGUACGUGAGACACUGCUAGCCGAACCAUCAGCUGAGAGGCUAGGGAAGGUGGAGGAGGCCGGCCAUUCUUCCCAUCAGGACUUUCCAGAAGGCGGCGGGCAGAGGACUGCCUGCACCGCAGGGGAGGGUGUUGGUUGGAAUGGAAGCUGUGACCGAGUACCGCUGGGGCUGCUUGAAGAGGAUGGCUUGCACUUUUCUGAGUACAGUGCCCCUGGCUCCGGUCUGUCCAGUUCCUGUAGUUGUCAGGGGGAGAGUUUGGAUCCCUCCAGGACUUAUUUGGAAAAGGGGAACUGCUCGUGUAGCAUCACCUGCCAGCGCUGGGCUUCAGAGUUCCCUGGAGCCGAGGAUGAAGCCUUUGGUCCUGAUUCAGCGCCAUCACUGCAGGGCCAGGAGGAAGACGAGGAAGAUGACGGCGUGUCCAAGGCCAGCGAGGACCCUUUCGACUCUGGCAGGGUGCUCAGCGGCAGGAAGAAUGGGAGACGCCAGAGGCACCGCUCUAGCAUGAAGGACGAGGAGGGGAAGGAGAAUGCCAAGCGGGAGGGUAGAUCUGCGCCGGCUGGCGGGAAGCACAAGCAGGCCAGGAAGAGGAGCCAUGCGGACCGGCAGCGCCACCUAAAAGCGGAGGUCCCCAAGCAGCUGGAGGAGCUGGCCUGGGUCUGCGUCUCCUGUUUCAAGAAGCUCAUCAAGCUGGUGCUGGUCAUCACCCAUGAGUGUGGCGAGUAUGUGGAAGCUGGUGGGAGGGUCCUGUACUCCUGCUGCCAGCUCGACGCCUGGGACCUGGGCUCCGCCCAAGCCAGCAUGAGGACGUGGAGCCAGCGGGCCAAAGGCAGCUUGGGGAAGGCGGCCCGGUGGCUGGGUUCCUGGGGGAACUGGCUGUGGCGGCUGCUCAAGAUGCUGGGUGCCCUGCUCUUUCUGGUGCUCAUGCUGCUCCUAGGCAGCCUGCGGCUGUGCUGGCGAGUCUCCAAGUCCCUGCUCCUUGCUGGGGCAGCUAAGCUGGGCAGAACCAGCAGCGUGGCCCGGCUCCUCUCGCUCCUGGACUCUCCCUUCCUCCGCAGAACAUGGGCUCUCUUCAGAGAAACCAGGACUUGCAAGUACGUGUCCCACUUGCUGCAAAAGUGGAGAGGGCUGCUUGGGGCAUCCAAAGGACUAAGGACCGAUGGACUGGGAGAGGCUGUGGCUGGCCCUGAUCCUGGCAUGGGGGGGCGCUACCAGCCCAGCGAGGAGGUGGCACGGCUGCUAGCCCUGGCCGACGUGCCUGAGGAAGAGCUGAACCCCUUUCAGGUGCUGGGGCUGGAGGUGACUGCUUCAGACACGGAGCUGAAGAAGGCCUAUCGUCAGCUGGCCGUGCUGGUUCAUCCUGACAAGAACAAGCAUCCGCGGGCGGAGGAAGCCUUCAAGGUGCUGCGAGCCGCCUGGGACAUCGUGAGCAACCCAGAGAAGAGGAAAGAGUACGAGAUCAAGCGGAUGGCGGAGAGCGAGCUGACCAGGUCCAUGACUGAGUUCCUCACCAAGCUGCGGGAAGACCUGAAGGAGGCCAUGAACACCAUGAUGUGCAGCAAGUGCCAGGGAAAGCACAAGAGGUUCGAGAUGGACCGAGAUCCGCUCAGCGCUCGCUACUGUGCGGAGUGUGGCAAGCUGCACCCUGCCAAGGAGGGAGACUUCUGGGCCGAAUCGAGCAUGCUGGGAUUGAAAAUCACCUACUUCGCCCUGAUGGAUGGGAAAGUCUAUGACAUCACAGAGUGGGCUGGCUGCCAGCGGGUUGGGAUCUCUCCUGACACCCAUCGCGUCCCGUAUCACAUAUCGUUUCGCUCACAGAGCUCUGGCUCAGGAGGACGCCAGAGAACUGCCUCUGAAGGCAGCCCUGCCUCGGCUGCAGACCUGCAGGACUUCUUCAACUGCGUAUUUCAGGGGACCCCAGGGCAGAUGCCCAAUGGGGGCUUCUUCAGGCCACCCCAAGCCCCCCAGGCAGCAGCUCCUUCUGCUUCUGCCCCGAAGACAGAGAGUGCAGCCCCAAAAGGGGACUCGAAGCAGAAAAGGCGGAAGAAAGUUCGCCGUCCCUUCCAGCGCUGAGGAGCGGCGUGGCCCGUGGGGGCUGCUUUGAACUCGGCCUGGCAGGAGGCCACAAGCACUAACAGGAAAAGCUCCUGUGUACGUUCCAGCAGACAGCUGAGCGCGUCCCAGGUGCGAGGUCGGACACUAAAAGGGCUCUUUACAAGAAGAAGAAUCUAUUUUUUUUUUCUUUAGAUAUUUAAAAGUAACCAGGCGUUCAGGGAAUUUCUGGCUGACGCCAUUAACUUCUAGUGUAAAGAACCAGACCCAGUGAUACCAAAGAACUCCAGCGGGGGGUGCCCUGCAGGAUCCCUAGAGACACCAGUCCCGUGUGUGUGGAAGGAUGGUCUCUCUGCUGGGGCGGGGUGGGGGAAGCUGGACAGAGCCAUGGAAUCUCUUCAGGGUUAAUUAAAAAUCAGGGAAUUGUUUCAUUUCUGUUAAGGCCACAUGUGAGAUAUAUAGGGAGGCAGCCAUGUCCCUUCCAUCCACCUGCCCCCUGCCUCUCAUGUGUGGCUCCCCUUCAUUCCCUGCCCAUUGAAGUCUGCGUCUCACAACCCUCUGAGAGCUGGGGGGAGCUUAACUCGUCAGACACAGCGCGUGAGCAGCAUCCCUUAGAACUGAGUCGCGAUUUGGCCUCCUAAAGCUUCUGCAGCAGAGCGGAUUCUUGUCCCUGCAGCUCAUCGCCCCAGAAGAGCCAUGCUAGGCAUUAAAGCCUGGUGCUGGAGGGCAGCUUGCUCAGCUCACAGCUGUCUGGAGAAGGCUCCUAGGGAGCAGCCCGGCCUUGGCCCUGGGAGCCAAGUCUAACUCUUGCACUGUGUUCUCCAUACCUGCUGCUGGAGCCAGGGCAUCUGGCAGUGCUCUCAGCGGAGCGGGUGGGGAAGCCUGUUUCCCCAGAGAUGAAAUGAGGUGGGAGGCGGCGCUCCCUUCCCACUGCACUGGUAGCACAGGCUGGCCCUUAGCUUCAUGCUUAUCCCCCAUCUGAUUUUUGUUGCUGAUUUUCCCCUCGGCCCUGCUUUCCUGCCCGCUGGGCUCUGCCACAGGCCUGGGAGAGCGGGUCCUCAGCAGGUGUCUCUGGGAGCUCAGUUGAGAGAUGCUGUCUUCGAGUCUCCUGAUCUGUGCAGCCAGUAUUGAAUUUACCAUUUGCACACACGGGGACCAGACUUUCCAAGGGAGCAAAUCAAGUUUGUAAGCCCAGCCCCAAUCCAUCAAAAACCUGGUCUGCUUCUGCUGGGCCCUGCAAGCUCCUGUGCUCCCGGCAGUUAGACGGGUCUGGAACUGUCCAGCCUCUUCCUGAAGGAUUGGUCUUGGGUUUUAACAGCUGGUUCCUCUUUGUCCAUGUCUCUAGUAUGUGCAUAGCCCGUGCGAUAAAUAUAGCCCAGUCCCUGACAGCAGAGGGGGGAGUGCUCCCCCCCUUCCCGGGGCAGUGUCAGUCAGUUCCGUGUAUUACACCUCGGCUUUCGGUUGGCACUUUCUGUAACCUCCUUCAGUUUGCUCUGCUGGUCGCUAACACACACCCAGCUCAGAGAGCUGCUGCUGAAUUACUUGGACCCCAGCUGGAGUAAAGCUGAUUUUUAAGUUGUGCCAGGAAAUAGCUCAUUUGACUUGUCAGGUUGUCUUUGACAUUCCACUGCUGAAUUUCCAAAAUGAAUGGGAUUUAGGGUAGGGCCUACACAAACAAUUGUGGGUGUGAGCAGAAAGCUGUGCUUUAGGAUUACACUCACCAGUGUAAUCCUCUCUUGAAUAAUUACCCAUCCGCCUGCAAACUCAACCCCAGUAGGUUUACGUAGGCGUAUUCUCUUCACACCCAGCUUGUGUAUAGACACCACAGUGCAGGUGUGGAAAAGGGAGGCCUGGUCCCUGCUAAAGCUGGAUUUUGGGCUGGUGGAAGAAAACCAGGACGGUACCUCAGGCCACACUGAAUCUUAGUUUGUGCUGCCUUGGUCUGUUAACUAAUGCGUGGCCUGGCUGCACUGGACAGGAGGGGUGAGGUCAGGUAAUUCCUCAUCACCUUCCUUCUAAGGCUGAGACUAAGCUCUUUAAAACAAACCCUCCCAGCUCAGCCUUCCUCUAGGAGCUUUGUUAACUUGGCUGGCUUCUCUGUCAGACUGUUUCUCCCCCAGGUGUCACUUACCUGCAAACCCUGCUUCCUCCUCCCAGAGGGAACUGUGGGCAGCAGGGCUGAACGAUGCGGGGACCAGGGCUGCAGAGCUCUUUGCCUCUGGCUACCUGGUUCUAAGGGCAGCUGAGCUGGGAGUGAGUCUCAGCAUCAGAUGGUUAUUGGGGGGCCUUAUGUGAAACGAAUCAAGGGUCUUUAGCCUGUUCCUUGCAGAUGUGCAUCCAUCUCCCUAAAAGUUCCAGCUACGGGGGUGCAAAUGGGGGGUCCUCGAAGAGGGCAGCAUGAUUGUAUGCAGGACCGCAGGGUCUGACCAGACCCCUGAGGAGGUGCAAGCUGUGCUCCCUCGGGGGGGCAGCUUGGACUGUUUCUACCAGGGCUUUACCCGGGCUGCAGAGAGGUGGCCCAUAUCUGGCACCCUAUCCACUCGCUCCUGAGCUCAGUAGGCAGACGUUAGCUCUAGCUUUGAAGUUGGUGGGAGGAGGAAGCACUGUUUUAACACGGGGCCAGUCACAGUCAUUGGUGCAUAAUGGAUGAGUGGACAAUGUAAAGCCGGGCAUCCAACUGCUCAUUUAGAAGGGCCAGGAAGGGACCUAAGCGUAAGAACAGCCAUACUGGGUCAGACCAAUAGUCCUGCUAGCCCAGUGUCCUGGCUUCAGCUAGUGGCAGGUGUCAAGUGUUUCUGAGGGAGUGAACAGAACAGGGCAAUCACUGAGAGAUCCAGCCUGUCUUCCAAUUCCAGGAUCUGGCAGUCAGAGGUUUAAGGACACCCAGAGAAUGGGGCUGUGUCUCUGCUCAUCUUGGCUAACAGCCAUUGAUGGACCUCUCCCCUGGGAACUUAACUAAUUCUUUUUUUGAACCCAGUUAUAGUCUCGGCCUUCACCACAUCCCCUGGCAAGGAGUUCCACAGGUUGACUGGGCGUUGUGGGAUCCAUUGUUGGGUUUUAAACCUGCUGCCUAUUAAUUUUAUUGGGUGUUGCCUGGUUGGUUGAUUAUGAGAAGGGGUAAAUAACACUUACUUUCUUCACACCAGUCAUGACUUUAUAGACCUCUCUCAUAUUCCCCCCUCUCCCAUCUCUUUUCCAAGCUGAGCUGUCCCAGUCGCUUUUCAUCUCUCCUCACCUGGAAGCUCUUCCCAAGGGAGAUCCACCUUGAGCUCUAACACAUGGGCUGCUGGGGAUUUGCUCUCUAGUUCUCAGCUGCAAAGGACACGUUGGCUGGUAGUGCCUCUGGGACCCCAAAAUGUGCAUUAAGGGGCCUUGGAAACAUACCAGGAGGGCACAACUCAUCCAGUAACGUUCUGGCUGCCGUCACAGGGGGCAGCUCAAGAACUGUAACGUCCUCGUGGGCUGUAUGCGUGUGGCUUCUUGUUGGCUCCUCUUGGACAGCUGCCACAGCCACCUUGCUGCUCCUUAUCCCUUCACGUUAAGGGGGAGUUUCUCUAUGGCUGGGCUGCCAGCUUCCUUAGCUUGCCUUUUCAUCGUGAGUGCAUACAGCAAAGCUUGUUGCAUUUGGCAGAUGCCAGAGCCUCUCUUUCGCUGGGGCCUCCCUCCCUGUUCACUGAAAGCCAGAGGCUCACUGCUGCAGCUUUGAGCUGAGCAUGCACCGAGCACAGGAGAGCAGCCACGUCCAAGGACACCUACCAGCUUGUUCUGUUCUUUCUCCCCUGAGCUUGUGUGGCUUCUGCAGCUCUGCUGCCGGGGCUGCCUAACUCAGUUCACAGCGGAGGCGGCAGAAACUGAGUGAUAGGCAUGUUCCCUCUCUGCCCUGCCUCAGAGCGCCUGUCGAUGUGCCUCUGCAGCUUCUCUGCACUAGUGGAGCUUUGGGGAAGCUGCAUCUGCUUGGGCUGCUGCAGAGCAGAGCUGCCUUAAGAUGCUUACAGAUGUUUUGCAGAAAAGUCAAUCUUGGACAAUCAAUCCCUCUUCCUGACCUGUAUUGUCAUGCAAGUGUUUGAUGCCGGGUGCAGUCACGGUUCAGCUCCUGUGUCUCGAGGGCUGAGCACGGAGGUUUUUAAGGUGAUUGUGUAUCUCUUUCUUAUCACUUUUGUUAAAUUAAAAUAUGAUUUGAAGAA